GAAAUCGAAGCAAAGAGAGGUCAAAGGAAACGGAAGCCGGGCGGUUAAUAAUUACAUGACUAUGUUCACUGCAGCUAAUUGUACAAAAACCGUCGUUGCUUCUGAUCUAAGUAGAGGACCAACGGAUAUCACCACCGUCUGUCAUGUCGUACUGUAAGCAAGAGGGUAAAGAUCGCAUCAUCUUCGUUACCAAGGAGGACCAUGAAGCACCUAGCAACGCCGAGCUCAUUGCAGAUGACCCCAAUGAUCCCUACGAAGACCAGGGCCUGAUUCUGCCUAGUGGGGAGAUCAACUGGAACUGUCCAUGCCUGGGAGGGAUGGCUAGCGGGCCCUGUGGCACACAGUUCAAGGAGGCCUUCUCCUGCUUCCACUACAGCAAUGAGGAGGUGAAGGGUUCAGAGUGUAUCGACAACUUCCGCGCUAUGCAGGAGUGUAUGCAGAAGUACCCCGAGCUCUACCCACAGGAGGACGAGAACGAGGGAGUCGCCGCGGGAGGGGCAGAUGCUACUGCCGCGGGAGGGGCUGAUACCACUGCUCCUGCGCCUGCUGAGGGCUCUGCCCCCGUUGAUUCUACUUCACCUGAGCUGGCAGAGGACUCGUCCUCAGCACCAGUGGCGUCUAGUGACUCUACCCUGUCCUCCCCAACACCUGAGUCUGCCCCGUCAUCCGACAAUACACCCCCCACAGACAGCCAGGCUGCCAGCUAAAAUCACCCACUCUCCACCAUCCCCCGGUCUCUCCCUGAAACCACUGCCGUGCACAGACCACUCUCUGGGGAGAUCAGCUUUGUCAACUGAUGCCUCAGACCUGUUCUCUUGGUUCAACAUUCAUCACGAGGGAGAAUUACUUUUAAAGGGGGCCUAGAAUGGCAGAGGAAUUAAGUCUCCUAUAGGGAAUAUGCUGUGAGAAGAGGACAAUACAAAAUAAAUACACAUCUUCUUUCUUAUGCUUUUUUAUCCAGUGGUUGUUGAGCUACUGAUGUUCCUACAGUGGGGAGUUUGUAGAGGAGGACUUGUUCGCUGAAGGGGACUUUAGUUAAAGGUUUCUCAUCCAAAACAAUUUAGCUGCUUAUUAUCAAGCUUCAAAUCAGAUCAUUUGUGCCAUUCUAUGUUAAUUCUACACUGGAGGUGUGUAACCUACUAUCAAUGUUACUGGUCAGACUAGUUUGUGAUCACUUGACUUAAUGUUAGGCUUGGGCAGUAUACCUCAUACCAGGGUAUUUGGAAAUAGUCAGGAUGUUUUUAUGUUUUUCAAUACAUUUUAAUAUUCGUUGCUAAUUUUUAAGUAAAUACCCACACAGUCAACUUGUGCAAUACUUUAGGAGAUAAAGCAGGUUGCGUUCUUCAUUUCACCGGUAGUUCUUCAUUUCACAUAGGUCCCCAGAACAGUUGAGCCAAUCACGUGGUUGUUUGUUUGUAAAUAGCACAACUGGAGAAAGCGGGAGGAGGUGAGAACAGCUGUGACGGGUCGCGUUGUAUAUUGAAUCAGAAAGUCGUAGUUUUUUUGCUUCAAUAAAGUGAUCAGGGAAGUGCAACUAUAGUUUUCCUUCAGAAAAAAUACGUUAGUGCAACACAUUAGAUGACAAAAGUAGUGCAACGCUAUUUGGCUGGCAGUCACACAAGUAAAUGAGAUUGCAAUGAAAAAGCAAGGUCUUUUUGGAAAAAAUAAUGCAUGGCCAUCGUGUGCCUGUUUAUCAUAGAAAGAAUGUAGCCAGCUACAUUUCCUAAUGUUUUUCUUAAGUUAAUAUUGGAGUUAAUCUUUUACCGAAGAAAAGUAGGCUGGCUACACCGAUAAAAGUAGCUUCACAUCAGUCAGAGCACUGUCUGCUGAUAUAAUGCCCAUUUGUGAAGAAGUGGAGAAGUGCAAUUGAAGCACAAAUUGAGUCUGAUGCAGAGCAGAAAUUACAUUAAGUAGCAUUUUACGUCUGCGUUUACAAAACGCUGCAAGAUAAUUAUUUUUAAAAUUUAAAUUCUGCAUUAAAUUGGCUCCCGAGUGGUGCAGCGGUCUAAGGCACUGCUUCUCAGUGCAAUAGGCGUCACUACAGUCCCUGGUUCAAGUCCAGGCUGCAUCACAUCCAGCC